CUAAAAAGAAGAACAACCCAGAGGAGCCUCUUCAAAAACUGUUGGGGAGUGCAAGUCCAGUCCCUGCAGAUACAAAGGCUUCCUUCAGACAGUCAACAAAUCCACCAGCUGUGGUAACCAAUAAGAUUUUGAAGCCCACUAACCAGCCUGAUGUCAGGAGUUGCCUAGCUUUGGCCACAGCAGGUGACACAAAGCAAAUAAUGACGGAGCAUGGAAAUUCAGAUGGAGCUUUGCAAACUGUGCAGCUGCCCAAAAAAGAUAUGCACGUAGGUUACGAAGCAAAAGCUGAAUCACAUUCACCUGCCACUCAGAGGACAUUCAUGGAAGUGCGACUGUCUUCAUCAUCAGGAUCAGCAGCAGCAGCAGCAGCUAUGUCACACAGAGACAAAAAGGUUUCAAAAGAUAAACACAGAAAUGAUAAAGAUGCACGAUUAGCAGCAAUGCAUUCAUCCACUGUCACCGCAGAAGAAAGAACAGCUGCCUCGGUCACCAACACAGCAUUUCAUUCACUGUCUUCUACAGCAGCUCAUUCAGCAAGUAAAGGUUUAAAACCUGUGACGGUUAUGGAGACAGAAGAGACAGUGAGACUGUCCACACACACUGCCUCGUCUGCAGAUUACAGUCCUUUCUCUGUCCGACAUAAAAUCAAAUCCUUUGAGAAUCUGGCUAAUGUUGACAAGUCCCUGGUGAAAAGCAGUGAUCCUCAGCCGUAUGCGCUGGCAUAUAGAGCCCCGCUGAACCAAAGGAUUGCAGGUUAUAUGGAACUGGUUAAUGCUGCUGACUUCCGGACACGCCAAAGGAGUUUUAGCUCUUAUGUGGAAAAUCUGCUUCCAGCCACAUCCUGCUCUCUUAGUAAAUCUUCUGAGAAUGAAGUUCACAAAGCUCCAGAUGGGGCUGCACCACAGACUCCUCCAGUGCUGCGCAAGAAACAUGGCAGACUUCUCUACAGUAGGUUACGGCAGCUCAGGGCUCUCAGCAUGCCAGAGCUGGAAAAACUGUGCAAAGAGGACGCUGCAGGAGGGCGCAGCACUGCAGAUAAAACAGACACUGACACCCAGUCUACUAUAGCCCCGGUGACUGACAGCUUUCCAACCUGUGCAGCUCCAGUGAAAGCAGAUGUGAACAGGGUUAACCACAGUGAGGCUGAAGUCACUGCAGAGACUGCUCAGAGGACCCGAGAGACCCAUGGCCGGCAGCUCGGCUGGUCCAUCAGUUUAGAGGAGCUGUCGGCUUCACCUGUGAGUCGGUGUAAACUGCAAACACUGCUGUCCUCACUAACAGCGAAAUCUUACAUAUCAACCCUGCUUCAGCAAACCAAGGUUAAAAGAAAUACUCGUCUUGUUGUCCUGAGUAAAGGAGAAAGUUCAGGACUUGGUUUCAGUAUUGCUGGAGGAGUCGACCUCGAGCAAAAGGACAUAACUGUAAGUACAAGAUGUUGAAUCUCUGUUCAGAUUCACAUUGUACAUCCUUCACAUUUAAACAAUAAUGUACAGUAACUG